AUGCUUCCUCUCUUCAACAAAGUGCUUCCUCUCUUCUUCAAAGUACUUCCUCUCUUCUUCAAGAUGCUUCCUCUCUUCUUCAAGAUGCUUCCUCUCUUCUUCAAAGUGCUUCCUCUCUUCAACAAAGUGCUUCCUCUCUUCAACAAAGUGCUUCCUCUCUUCAACAAAGUACUUCCUCUCUUCUUCAAAGUGCUUCCUCUCUUCUUCAAAGUGCUUCCUCUCUUCAUCAUGCAGCUUCCUCUCUUCAACAAAGUGCUUCCUCUCUUCUUCAAAGUACUUCCUCUCUUGAUCAAGGUGCUUCCUCUCUUCAUCAUGCAGCUUCCGCUCUUCUUCAAGAUGCUUCCUCUCUUCAUCAAGAUGCUUCCUCUCUUCAUCAAGAUGCUUCCUCUCUUGCUCAAGAUGCAGCUUCCUCUCUUCAACAAAGUACUUCCUCUCUUCAUCAUGCAGCUUCCUCUCGUCUUCAAGAUGCUUCCUCUCUUCAUCAUGCAGCUUCCUCUCUUCAACAAAGUGCUUCUCUCUUCUUCAAAGUGCUUCCUCUCUUCAUCAUGCAGCUUCCUCUCUUCAACAAAGUGCUUCCUCUCUUCUUCAAAGUGCUUCCUCUCUUCAUCAUGCAGCUUCCUCUCUUCAACAAAGUGCUUCCUCUCUUCAACAAAGUACUUCCUCUCUUCUUCAAAGUACUUCCUCUCUGGAUCAAGAUGCUUCCUCUCUUCUUCAAGAUGCUUCCUCUCUUCUUCAAAGUACUUCCUCUCUUCUGCAACAAAGUACUUCCUCUCUUGA